AUGGGGGAGGUGAAGCACCUGUGCCUGGUGAAGUUCAAGGAGGGCGUCGUGGUGGAGGAUGUGCUCAAAGGCAUGACCGACCUCGUGGCUGGGAUGGACAUGGUGAAAUCUUUCGAGUGGGGCCAGGACGUGCUGAACCAGGAGAUGCUGACGCAGGGCUUCACCCACGUCUUCUCGCUGACCUUCGCCUCCGCCGACGACCUGGCCACCUACAUGGGCCACGACAGGCACGCCGCAUUCGCCGCCACCUUCAUGGCCGCGCUCGACAAGGUGGUCGUCAUCGACUUCCCCGUCGUCGUCGCCAAGCCGCCGCCGCCGCCAUGA